GUGACAACAAAAAACACUGCGUAACUGGGCCCUAGGUUAGCAUAUAUAUAUAUAUAUAUAUAUAUAUAUUUAAGUGAAUUUACUUGAAUAAUACUGACGUUAUGACGAGGAAGAGGGUCGUCAAACAUGAUGGUUCAUCCUCCGCUGCCAGCAAAGUUCAGGGGUCUACCAAAGUCCAGAAGGAGGCGAGACCCUCCAGGCGGUGGCUGAAAAGAGGAGUAUUGGCCAUCGUUGUUGUCUUAUUUCUGGUGCCAUUCUUGCAGAAGAAACUCCCGGAAUUAAUCCAGCACCUUGUUUACUCUCACAGAAUCAGGGUACCUUUCUUUGUUGACCUGAGCCGACCUGCUGAUCUCUCCCUUAAUCACACCAUCAACAUGUACUUAACAUCAGAGGAAGGAAUCUCUCUUGGGGUGUGGCACACCGUUCCUGACAGACAGCGGAAAGAGGCUCAGGGGAAGGACUUGGCAUGGUACCAGAACACCUUGAGGGAUGGAAGUCCAGUCUUCAUAUAUCUUCACGGGAACACAGGCACAAGGGCAGCAACUCAUCGGGUGGGAGUGGCAAAAGUAUUGAGUGCACUGGGUUACCACGUGCUGGUGCCUGACUACAGAGGGUUUGGAGAUUCCACUGGGGAGCCGACUGAAACCGGUCUGACGACUGAUGCCCUCUACUUAUACAACUGGGUCAAAGCACGCAGCGGUAGCAGCCUGGUCAUCAUCUGGGGACACUCUCUUGGCACCGGAGUGGGCACGAACACUGCAGUCAAACUGAGUGAGCGAGGUGAGCAUGUUGAUGGUGUGAUGCUGGAGGGUGCAUUCAAUAGUGCUCGACAGCAGAUACCAGUCCAUCCUUUUAGCUGGUAUUACUGGAAGUUCCCGGGCGUUGGGUACUUUUUCCCAGAGCCAUGGGCAGAAAACAAGGUUGUCUUUCCUACUGAAGAAAAUUUAAAGAAAAUGAGAUGCCCAAUCCUGUUCCUUCAUGCAGAGGACGAUCACUUAGUUCACAUUGCAAUUGCUCAGCAGAUGCAUGAGGUAGCAGUGAGUGCCCAGAAUGCCGAGCGAGUCAAGCUGGUGUCAUUUGACGGUUCUCUGGGGUAUCUGCACAACGGCUUAUAUCGUGACUCCCAUCUGCCUGACAUCAUAAAGAAGUUUGUGCUGUCCUUAUAAUGUUGGAAAGACGACUGAAGAAGAAAAACCCCAUGCCAGACUUCAUCAUUUGGUUUCAUGUGAUCACACGCUACAUUCAAAUGUUUUGCUUUGUCUUUACGACUGCAUAUAUGUUGCUUAAAUGUGUGAUUUACUCUAAAUAGAAAUAUUUUUAUGAAUCAAAAAUCUUUGUGUCUAACCAUGUUAUGUUUGGAGCACAUCGGUAGCCGAAUGGUUACAGUGCAUGCCCUGUGGCUGCAAUGUCGCACUGUGAUCAGUCUGUCUUUAUGCUGUCAUCUGUCUGUGGAAAUUGAAAAAGGCCAUCAUUUACGAAUCAAUGCAAAAGUUGAUCAGGCAAAAUGAUUAUUGUAAGUGCUUUAUUCUCAAUUAUCAGAACAAGAAAUAGCAAUUCCCUUUGGAAAUGUGAUUUGAGUGAGCCAUUGUUGCAGUAGGUGCCCUCUACUGGGCUUUGUUGUGUGGUGAUAAUGCUCAUCUAUAAUACUGAAUAAUGAGUUUGGUAAUCCAAGGCUUAAGAUGUCUCUGUGUCAGCAGCUGGGAAAUAUCUGUGGUUUUAGAAAAAAAAUAUUUUAACCACAAAGUCUACAGCGCUGCAUUGUGCAUUCAGAUGUGUGUAGGAAUCUCAGUUCAAGUGUCAUUGCUGUUAAAUUACAAUAAAUUUGGUAUACAUAAAUUUGACUUCUUGUGUCAACCAGCACAGGAAGUGUUGGUCUGUCGGUCUUUCGCUUUUGUUCCAAGAUAACAGACAUUAAAAUACUGGUCUCAUUAGAAAGAACUGCAGAGUUGGUAUAACUCAUCUUUACCUUUCAUAAAGUCACAAUGCAUUGACGAGGAUUAAUUCAGGUACACACAGCACCGUUUAAAGUUGCCUUGAAGAAACUGUUCAUCCACUAGGGUUCUUCUAUAACCAAGGAAGCCAUAGUGACUAAAGAGUAGUUACAAAUGUCCCUGUUCUUCUAAAUGUACUUGAUUAUUCUACUGAUAUUAUAUAGAUUGUUUUUCUUUGAUGAAUUAAAAUCUCUUUAGAAAUAAAACUUCAAUUAUGUAUCUCAUUUGUUUAGAUG